AUGGGGAACAUUCCGCCGUCCGUCCUCCGCCAACCGCCGCCUCCGCCAGGCCGUGGUGGCAGCAAGGAUGGCUCGCAGACAACCGAAGUAAACCAACCGAUCUCCGAGAUGAUUCGGCACAAUCCUGUAUCCAACAACCUCAGGUCACGCCCUUACUAUUUCCGGUCAUGCAAAAAGAUGAGACCCACCGACAUUUCAUCCCUCCCGGACGAGAUUGUGUUCAAAAUCCUCCUUCACCUACCGGCACAAGACAUCUUUAACGUGGCCCGGCUCGUUUGUCCUCAGUGGUACCGCAUGAUCCACUCCAUCGACUUCAUACACGAGCACCUCCACCGUUCGCCCCCCGGCCUCCUCAUCCAAAACAUAGAGGACAAAACUGCCCAGAGGAGCCCAAUUUUCGCUUGCGUAGACCGAGGCCAAAUCGAGAUCUCGAAGCUCGACUACAAGUUCAGGGACGCGGUCUGGACGAGCUGCCAUGGGCUGAUACUGGAGGGCGAUCUCAAGGCCCGUUUUACGAUUAUUGCUGCAAAUCCCGCCACGAAACAACACUUUUCGGUCCCCACUCACGAGUACCACAUAGACGACAGGUGGCACACCGGCUUGGGAUAUGCCCCAGCCUCCAUGGAGUACAAAGUGGUCCACACGUUCGACUCAGAUUUUUACGUGUUGACUUUGGGAGUGGACGAUGUGUGGAGGCGGGUCGAGUGUGGGCACCUGACCCGAUCUGCCCAGAAGCUUCUCAGCCGUUCAACUCCGCUGGUGACGGAGGGCUAUAUGCAUUGGGUCCACCCGGAGAAGAAUCUUGUGGUGAUGCUCGAUUUGGAGACAGAGGCCUUCAGGCAGUUGCGGUGCCCGCCUGGUAAGAAGAGGGCAAACUGUGGUUUUUUGGUGGGUGACUCACUUACUUGUUUUACUAUGCGCGGGUGGUUCUCAUGGGGGGUCUGGGAGCUGAGGCCGGGCACAGGGGAGUGGAAGAAGCUUCCUGGGAUUGAGUUGGGAGGUCGAGCUCAGGAGCUCGAGAAUUUGUGUGGAAAAAAGGGGUGUGAUUGUGAUUGGGGUCUUAGUGUGGUUGGGUGGAUAAAGUACAAGGAGGUGUUGGUUUUUCGUGUCUCGUGCCCGUCUCGUGUUUGCAUUGCGUAUAGCAUCCGUACGGGAGAGCUACGGGCUUUCGAGUUGGAUUGUGAGGGAAACAAGCACAACUAUCUGCCUCAUAGGAGCAGCCUGGUCUGGUUGGGUGGGACCUAA